CGAUCGCUUCUCCGAUUUAUCCUCCUACUUCCAGUCUCUCUCCGUCUCCCUAACUCCAGCCGAAGCCUCUGAAAUCCUUCGAUCCUUGAACUGCCCCGACCUCGCUCUGCAAUUUUUUCAGCUUUGCCCCUCCAUUUGCCCUAAGUUUCGCCACGAUGUCUUCACUUACACCCGCUUCCUUCUCAUACUCUCCCAAUCCUCUUCCCCGAAGCGGUUCGAUCACGUUCGGGAGAUUCUGUCGCGGAUGGAUCGAGAUCAGAUACGCGGUACCAUUUCCACUGUUAAUAUCUUGAUUGGGAUUUUUGGUAGCAAGGAGGAUUUGGAAUUAUGUUAUGGGUUGAUUAAGAAAUGGGACUUGAGGCUUAAUGCUUACACCUAUAGGUGUUUGCUUCAAGCUCAUGUACGGUCUCAUGAUUCAGAUAAGGCUUUCAAUUUGUAUAUGGAAAUGAGGGGUCGAGGGUAUAAGCUGGAUAUCUUUGCCUAUAAUAUGCUAUUGGAUUCUCUGGCCAAGGAUGAACAGCUUGAUCGAGCUUACAAAGUUUUUAAGGAUAUGAAAUUGAAGCAUUGUAACCCAGAUGAGUAUACGUAUACUAUUAUGAUUAGAAUGACUGGAAAGAUGGGUAGAACUGAAGAGUCUUUGGCUCUCUUUCAAGAAAUGCUAGCAAAAGGAUGUACUCCGAAUGCAAUUUCAUAUAAUACAAUGAUCGAGACACUUUGCAAGAGUAGAAUGGUUGACAAGGCAAUUCUUCUCUUUUCUAAUAUGGUUAAGAACAAUUGUAGGCCAAAUGAGUUCACGUAUAGUCUCAUUUUGAAUGUUUUGGUUGCAGAAGGACAGCUUGGUAAAUUGGACGAAGUUCUGGAAGUGUCCAAUAAGUUUAUGAACAAAUCAAUAUAUGGAUAUCUUGUAAGGACUCUAAGCAAACUAGGCCAUGCGAGUGAAGCUCAUCGUAUUUUUUGCAAUAUGUGGAAAUUUCAUGAUAGAGGCGAUAGAGAUGCUUACGUUUCCAUGUUGGAGAGUUUAUGCAGUGCAGGUAAAACUGUAGAAGCAAUGGAACUGCUCGAUAAGGUUCACGAGAAGGGAGUUAGUUCUGAUACUAUGAUGCAUAACACACUGUUAUCUACUUUGGGGAAGUUAAAGCAAGUAUCUCAUCUUCAUGAUCUUUACGAGAAGAUGAAACAAGAUGGGCCGUUGCCUGAUGUAUUCACAUAUAAUAUUCUUAUAUCAAGCCUAGGACGUGUUGGAAAAGUUAAGGAGGCUGUUGAAGUUUUUGAAGAACUUGAGAAUAGUAGUUGUAAACCAGAUAUUAUAUCUUACAAUUCUUUGAUCAAUUGCCUUGGGAAAAAUGGGGAUGUUGAUGAAGCUCACAUGAGGUUUCUAGAGAUGCAAGAGAAGGGAUUGAAUCCUGACGUUGUAACGUACAGCACGCUCAUUGAAUGUUUCGGGAAAACAGAUAAAGUUGAGAUGGCUCAGAGUUUGUUUGAUAAAAUGAUGGCUCAAGGAUGUUGUCCAAAUAUUAUAACGUACAACAUCCUGCUUGACUGUCUUGAGAGAGCUGGGAGAACUGCUGAAACUGUUGAUCUGUAUGCAAAACUUAAACAGCAGGGAUUAACACCCGAUUCAAUUACAUAUGCUAUACUUGACAGAUUACAAAGUGGCUCGACUCGAAAAUUUAGAGUCCGAAGGCAAAAUCCAAUUACUGGCUGGGUUGUUAGUCCUUUAAGGUAAUAUUGUGCAAGUUUUUAAGGAAAAGAAAAGAAGAAGGAUGCUGACAACUCUAUCUAUUUGUCUGAUACGCAUCUCUCUUAUGUCUAGUUUCUUUUAGUAUAAAAGCUUCCAGCGCAGCGCCAAUUAAGGGAAAGGUUGUGUCUAUCAUGACGGUUCAUCCAAUGAUUAGCUCGAGUUAAGUUCAAGCUUUGAUUCGUGUUUGCCUAGUUCUUGGGCUAAUAAGGGAAUGUCCAUUGUUGGCCGUGAGUCUCUCUUUGAGAAGACCGACUAGUGCUUCGUCAAGCUUUUGGUGUACCUUCUCCUCUUAGGGGUUUUCUGGCAUACUUUUACCAAGUAGUUGUCAGAGACAACGUACAGGAAGUAACAUAGUUUCUCAGAUAUCUAGAAGAAAUCCAUCAUAUUUUUUUAUUCUUGGGUAAAGAAAAAAAUGCCGAAGUUUUUAUCUUCAAAAUAUUCGUUGAGGUUUCUUCAGAGGUUUAAGUGGUCUAGCAAAGAAAAUGUAGAAGUUCUUGGGUUGUGCAGCGUGAAUAUCAUUAUAGCUUUCAGGAGAAUGUAACUGAAGCCUGACUUGAGGAAUCCUCCUGGUUUGAACCUGAAAUCUUGGAAUUGGAUCCUUUUGUAAUUAUGUUUAGGAGGUUUGAACCUGAAAUCUUGGAAUUGGAUCCUUUUGUAAUUACGUUUGGGAGGUUUGAACCUCCAACCUCAAGGGAAGGAGUAGACGAGAAUCACCGUUGAUCUAUGUUCAUGUUGGCCUUUUCAAUUAUGUUAAGAAACUGUAUUGGAAUACAUCUUUCUUGAGUCACACAAGUUCUCUUGUAAAGAGAAAUUAAAAUGGUCUAUUUCAGGAGGUUUAAUAACUGUCCAGCAGAAGCUUCAUCCAAUUAAAAGUCAGCUCAAUUUUCCACUUGGGCUCGAAUAGCCCGAUGAUUUUCGAAGGUAUCUCGAAACAUCCUGAGCUCUUACCAUCUUGACCAACCUGUAUGUAAGCAACGUCACCUGGUUAACUCUGUAUGUUUCUCUUUUUCCUGUUUUUGUCAGUUAAUCCUCAUUGUUUUACAUAUAUGUACACUCCCUAUUAGACAAGGCUGUAGUUUUCUUCAUUCUAAUAUUUCUUUCCUCAGAAGAUAAUUCACAAAGGAAGGCUGUACUCUCAAUGUAACUGAAGUGACUGGAUUCAAAUGUUAUGUUAGCUUUAUUGAGAAGUAUAGUAAAAUGAAUCUUCCAUUUUCAUUCA